AGUUGUUACGUGUCAGUCUGACUCAGAGACUUGGGCACCCUACAUUACAUGUUAGAUGGUAAAAAAGCGAAAAGACUUUAAGGGGCAAGCAGAUAUUGUUUUUCCGAGGUCAUUCGACAUUCACUGGUUAGCUACGUUCGUGUCGGCAAAAUGAAUGCACGAUCGCUAACGUUUGACCUUACUAUGGAGGGGCGACAAGUCGAUGAAGCUGUCUCCGGAAUAUUUCAUACGAUCCUGUUCCAUCGUAGCUUGGGGAAGUUUAUGUACAGUGGCGAAGCUAUGUACUCGGUGGGAACUAUCGGUUACAUGGAUGUGGAUUGCGAUUUCAUUGAUUUCACAUACGUGUGCUGUAGUUCACCGACGCUAGACGAAAGAAUUAAACAAGAGAUUGGAGAAUUCAGCAAACAGCUCAGAAGCAAUGAAAGUUCUGGAACCGGUCAAAUCAGUCUGGAAUUUUUCCAGCGGAAGAAAGCGCGAUGGGCUUUCAUGACCGAAACCAUCCCUUGGGAGGUGUGGACUAUUCGGUUGGAGCUGAUUAAUUUGAAUAACGAAGACGAUCGGCAGAUUUGCCGAGAGCGAGUCGGUGAUAUGUUGUCCGAUAAGAUAGUGUACAUAACGGAGGUCAUGAAUCGACAUGACUACCUGCCAAAGACGCCCAACCAGAUGGAACUGGAUUCGGUGUUUGAUACUUCAUUUCCUGAUGUACAGCCGUACCUUUUUCAGUUUAAGUUUACGACUGCUGGUCCAAGUACGACCUCGGUAGGCAAGACGGUGAAGAAAUUGUUCAAAGGCACCCUUUCUUUGUGACUGUUUUCGGCAGUUGUAUUGUUUGCUUUGACAGCCAUGGUCUCAAAAUAUCGGGCAGGUCUUGUCUGUAGAAGACCUCUUAGUAAAUCAUGUUAACUGUCCGUGAAUCGGCAGGAGAAUUCUGCAAACAUUUGUUUGAAAUUUGGUUUUUCAUUUGCAAAAAUUUUCAAAAUUUUACACAAUGGGGAUACGAUAAGUGUACCUGCAAAUGCUUCAACUUAAUUAUAAAGCAACAAUCUGGGUUAUUGCUUUUAAAGUUCAAAUUGCUUUUCUCAUUUGUACCAGAAACACCAGGGUAGCUGUAAAAAGAGUGUCAAUCAUUCUGAAAUUAUGAUAGAAAAUAGAAUGGAAGAAUGCAAACCACGCUUAUAAGAGUUUUAAUUUCUAUUUUAUAAUCAUCCAUAGAAUAAUAUAAGAAUGCAUAAAUGUGUUGUUCAAGCCUAGUUUACGCCCAGCAUAAAAUCUAUGAAUGGACAUAACGAUUAAUUGGUACGAUGUGAAAUGUUGAUGUUACGAUAGAUGAUUGAAUGUGUAUUGUAUAAUAUAGAAACGGACCACGUGGCAGGCAACUCGUUCGUUGGGCUUCAAUUGCUAUCGAGUCGAGAAUAAAGUCAAAAUGCACUAAAAUGUAUUGGAAGAAGCUGUAAAUUUGCGAUGCUUAGUUUUAGUUAUCAUAGUGAGAAGUUUCACUUCGAUGUAGAUGUAUUUUCUUCGAAUUAUAAUCACAAAAGAAACAAGCUCUCAUGGAUGCUUGUAAAAAAGGAAAAUAAAUUAAACGAAAAUAGUCAAAUGUUGAAUGCUAAUUCCAUUGCAGAGAAGAAGCCUUAAA